UUCGUUUCGCUCGUAGAGAAUUUGUCAAAAUCAGAUGGUAUUUCUAGUUCCACAUUAAAAAAACAUCUUUUUUUCGUGCGAUAAAAUAUUGUUCGGUAAUCCCAUUCUGGAGUACGUGCGAAAAAAAAAAAACGAUUUUCGAAGAAUCCAACAUUAACGGGAAAACAUUAAUAUCGGUUAGCAGUCGUGCAUCGCGAAAAAAUCCACCUUCCGACUCAUUUUCACAAUUAAAAUUUUUUUUUUCUCGGUUUUGUCGAUUUGCCGAAAAUAUCUUCAGUUCACAAAAAAUCAGUUGUUUCGAAUCAUUUAGCCUGGUAUGUGUGAAUUUCUAUGCGCGUAGUGCUGCGUGUAUGCCAAGUGGUGUUGUGUAGUGUGUUGGUUUGGUUGGUUGGUGCAGUGCAAUGUCUGAUAUUGGCAGCGGCGACGAAGGAGUUUCUGGCCAAAAAUAUAAUGCACCAAAUAUGGAUGGAAGCGGGGACUUCGAGCAGAAUGAUCCAUCAGGUCAGCAAGCCGAACAGGAACUGGCUACGAAAAUGCUGCAAAUUCAAUCAAAACGUUUUUACUUAGAUGUUAAGCAAAAUCGUAGGGGACGAUUCAUCAAAGUUGCCGAGAUCGGAGCUGAUGGUCGCCGAAGUCAAAUAUUUUUGGCUCUAUCAACUGCUGCCGAAUUUAGGGAUCACUUGUCGACAUUCAGUGAUUAUUAUUCAUCAUUAGGUCCACCGAAUCCCGAAAGUGUGCCUGACGAUGGAAAACUCAAAUCUGAAAUGAUGAUCAAAGAUAAUCGACGAUAUUACCUUGACUUGAAAGAGAAUGCGCGUGGACGAUUUUUACGGGUAUCCCAAACUAUUUCAAGGGGCGGUCCACGAUCACAAAUUGCCAUUCCAGCUCAGGGUAUGAUUGAAUUUAGAGAUGCUCUCACCGAUUUGUUGGAAGAAUUUGGAACGAAUGAUGGAGGUUUCAAAGGAGAGCUUCCUGAAGGCCGUCACAUGAAGGUGGAUAAUAAAAAUUUCUACUUUGACAUCGGACAGAAUAAUCGGGAAUAUACAUGCGAAUUAGCGAGGUUAAAAGUAAUUUCGUACCGCUAUAACAGUGCCGGAAAAAUGCUGGACCAGAUUCCGUGAUAUUCUAACCGAUUACUGCGAUAAAAUGAAAAAAUCAUCGGAUCCGUCAAAUUCUGCCGAUAAUAAUUUACAGUCGUCGUCAAACAGUCUAAAAUAAAAUAAUAAAUUGAGAGAAUGAAGAAAAUGAAGGCGAAGGAGGAGGAGUAUGAGAGUGACGAGCAGGAAAAACUAAACAAAUUUAAAUGAAAUUUUAAAUUAAAUUAAAAGAGAAAUUUAAAUUAAAGAAAUAAUAAAAAAAAUGAAAAGAAAAUCUAAAUUGUUUAUGAACAUAAAAUGUUUAUAUUCAAAUAUUAAUUAAUUAAAUGAAUGUUUAUUUAAAAAAAAAGAGAAAGAAAAAUAACAGAAAUGAAUUUACCUAUAACAUUGCAAAUCAGAGAUGAGAAAAUAUAUUUAAAUGAAAAAUAAAAGAAAAAAAAAUAUUUAAAAAAAAACCAAAAAAAUAUUAU